AUGAUGAACAGGAUUCUCUUUGCUUGCCUGUUUCUCGCUCUGUCCACUGAAAGCUCCUCGCUAAGCUGCAGAUGGAUGGAUGAUAAAUUCAGACAGCACAACGAAGAAACUCUGAAUCUACUUGAUACCAUGGCUAAAAACUCCACUAACACCACUGAAGUGGAGGUCACUGUGGCCUUCCCUAAUCACCUGUACCACCAGGUGUCCAAAUCAUCAGCUGAGGAUAAACUGGCUUUCACUGUUCAGAUUCUGGAGGAGGUGGCUGCCCUGUUUGAGGAGGAUCACAGCUCUGCAUCAUGGGAGGACAGCACACUCGCACUGGAAUGCUGCACAGCCAAAUGUAAUGAAGUGAAUGAGAAUAGCACCUCCAAAUCUAAGGCCAUGGUGCUCAGCCAGAAAAGGGUGGACUGUCCACUCGUGAUCAGGGAUGAGUUCCUGCCCCGAGUGGAGGAGUUUAAGUAUCUUGGGGUCCUGUUCUCGAGUGAUGGGAGAAGGGGGAAGGACAUUGACAGACAGAUCAGUGCUGCGGCUGCUGUACUGGUCCAUCAGGGUGAAGAGAGAGCUGAGUGUAAAGGCAAAGCUCUCAGUUUACUCGUCAUACUUUAUAAAUCAAAAGAAACCAAACCAAAGAAAGUCUCUAAAGUGGUCUUGGUGCUCGUACUCACUCCACAUGAGGUAUCAGUACUUCUACUUUCUAUGUUGUAA